CCUUCAUAAUCACUUUUUCCCGGGUUUGGAACUACUUACCGAUAUGCAGUAUGUGUCUGGCCCCUGACGUGACCGGCAGCAUAAUUUCAUCGACGGUUGUAACUUCGUGUCGACCUUUCUUGUUGUAGAUACGCUCGGCCAUGUGCAGGCGCUAGGCAGGCACUCAACGUGACAGGAUCCUGCCUUGCAUGACGGUUUGUCAGCCGUCCUCAUUCCACGCACCCUGUCACGGUUUCCUCGCGACCAUGACUUAUUUGCUGUUUUAGCCUCAAGCUGACGAUAAAUGGACAGCUCCACUGUAGUACUAGUACUAGUAGUAGCCCCACCAGCGCUAGGGCACUUGGUAACAAGGCUUAGCGUACAUGUAGUCAGAAUGAUGAAUGUACACCUCUUCAACGAGGACGUGCAAGCUGCAGAUGAAGAGAGAUUGAAGUGGUUGCUGGCACAGCAGUGAUUAGAACGGAAGCACUUUCUCCGGCGAUCCUCAAGAAUACCUUUGCGUUCAUCUGUGCGCUGUCAGCAAACCGUAUCACGAGUAAUAGUAGCUGUUGCUGAACUUGAAGACGAGAAUGAUAUUCUGCUUGUGACACAAAUACAAUCGCAGUGCAAGUAUUCAUUUUUGUGAUCCAAUCUUUACCAUGGACUCGCCUGCUGACAAGCGAAAGCAGUUUGCCAGCCAACCAAAGGGCCGCAGGACAUCAAGCGCACCCGCUCCUGCCGCUCGCUUUGGUCGCAGUGCAGCCGGCACUAAUGCACAGGGAUCACCACCCAGUCGCUCUGACGGCGGCCCAACUAGAAAGAGCUCCGGGUCUUUUCGCGAAUUCCUCGUCGAUGCAUCGGGAGAGACUCGUCUUCUCUGGUACAACACACCCACCAAUGUCCUGGUCAUAAAGAAGUACCGUGACCGCAGCGUCACGGCCAAGUUCAAGGACGUCACUCGAUUUCUUGUCGAGGACAAAGGAAUGAGCGUCAUGGUGGAGAAUGCUGUUCUGUCAGAGAAAGACGUGCACAAUGACAAUCAGUUUUCCAAUGUCUUAUCACAGCUGCACUCUUUUUCCUGCGAUGAUCCUGACUGCGACGACAAGAUGGCUGAAAUAGAUUUUAUUGUCUGUCUCGGCGGCGAUGGAACCCUGCUCUAUGUGUCUUCGCUAUUCCAAGAGAGUGUACCGCCAAUUCUUGCCUUUCGACUUGGCUCGCUUGGCUUUCUCACACCGCUGGACGUCAACAACUAUCGAAGGAUCAUCUCCGACGUCAUAGAUGGUCGCGGCACAUUGACGCUUCGCUCACGGCUGACAUGUCACAUCAACCGAGCGCACCCAGCCUCCACUUCGUCAUCCACUUCCAAUGGCUCCCUUGCUCCUGAUGACUUCCACCGGCAGAUCUCUCCGGAUUACAGAAAACAUCGGUCACCCUCACCGACAUCACCCUCCGCGCUCACUGGCCGCCAGCCACUAGCUGGAGCCGACUCUCCACCAGUGUGCUUUCGUCGUUCUAGCAGUGUCAUCACGAACAGUACUCAGACAUCUCAUAUGCUGGUUCUGAACGAGGUGGUCAUUGAUCGUGGCCAGUCUGCCUAUCUUAGCAACCUGGAGAUCUAUUGCAACGGCCGGCAAAUCACAGAUGUGCAGGGUGAUGGUUUAAUUGUGGCGACACCGACUGGGAGCACUGCGUAUGCGGCAGCAGCCGGUGCCUCCAUGGUGCAUCCCAGUGUUCAGGCCAUGGUGGUGACGCCCAUAUGUCCGCACUCGCUCUCCUUCCGACCCAUCAUGGUGCCCGGUGGAGUGAAAAUUGAGGUCAAAGUACCGUUGGAUGGUCGUGGCACGGGUGCAGUAUCAUGCGAUGGCAAAAACAGACAAGAGCUGGCCAGGGGUGACAGCGUAUCGAUAUCGAUGAGCAUUUACCCGUUGCCAUGCAUAGACGGUGCUGAUCACGUUUCCGAUUGGUUCACCAGCUUGUCCUCAUGUCUGCACUGGAAUGUGCGUACUAAGCAGAAACAACUCGAUGCCGAGGAGGAUGAACAUGAUCACGUGCACACCAUUCCCGAGGAGUAGCGUGCAGACACGUCCUACUGGUGAUUUCCAUUGUUGCAUCGCUACAUGUCGUCUUGAGGGGCUUUGUGUUGAGUAGGGCAUGGGCCGACAACAUUAAUUUUGAUGUGCUCCUGCAUAUCACAGUACAGGCUGUAUCUCUCAUAAUCAAGAAUGCAGGAGCACUUUCACAACACACAUGUAGUUACUACCACUGCAACUAAUGAUGAGCAUGCACGGUAUCUCGUAACGCACUAGUGACAACGCACUCACUGUUCUGCUGCUGGCUGGCUCGUUAGCUCAUUACCGUCAACAACAGAUCACGGGCGAUUAGAGUCAGUGUGGUGGCUUUUUGUGUCUUGUAGAGGACAACUGAAGACUACAACAGUAUACAGUAUACAUGCAGUAUGUGUUCCGGGGCCCCAGUGCAAUGCAUUGAGGUGAACCCCAGUGCAAUGCAUUGAGGUGAACUCGCCUCGUGCUGUUUCUGGCACCAGCCCUGGAACACGUCUCUGAUUUAUUUCCUUGCGGUCAACUGCAUCCAGAGCACAGAGUAAAUGUGUUCAGUUUUAAAAGUUUUAAUUUCAUUGACCUGGCAAGCCGAUUGAGUUUCCCUGCCGCGGGACGGGGUGUAUUUCUACAGUAUUUUUAAAGUUUUUUACAUGACCCACCUCUGGAUUUAUGCGAGGACCCAUGUUCACUGAACACACACAUCUACUUCCUCUUGAAGUACUUUCUGAUUUUCCAGUGAACCUCUUCUCUUCUGCUCAGUCUCUAUGCUACUGUCGUAACGGUACACCUCGGUACAGAGAGGUUAUCACGUGUACAUUCAAUAUCACUGCUCUCAUUCACGUUCUGUUGUCGAGCGUUUCUUGACAAUGUCACGAUGAUUACCAAAACACUAGUGAACCGUUUGGUUUUCACCAUCGUAUUUGUUUGUAUUUUGCGUACAAACGUGAAUCAUAAUUUGCAAGCUGCCCUAGCUAUUAGA